ACGUUUGCACGUCUUAUCUCGCCCCCUGGUGGACAGAUUUAAGAACUACAUCUCCUCCCAUCAUGCCCCUCGUCUUUUUAUCCCCCAUCAUCCUCUGCGGCAAGUUUGUUGCACCGGGCAAGAUGGCGGAUAGACCAGUUCCCAUUGCUGAGAAGCGACUGAUGGACGUGAAACUGGGUGAGCUGGGAAAAUGGCUCGGAGGCAGAGACUUCACUCCCAAUGGCAUCAUCGCAGCCUCUCGCAGAGGCUAUGAUAGAUACUACAACAAGUACAUUAACGUAAAGAAGGGAGGUAUUGGUGGCAUAGCUAUGCUGCUGGCUGGCUACGUCGCCAUCAGCUACCUGUGGGAGUACGACCACAUCAAACAUGAUCGCUGGAGGAAGUACCACUGAGCCUCUUCAGCAGCCAUCACACCUUUAGGGGCCAGAGUCCAAUCCCUGGUUCCCCUUGUUCUUUAUACCCUCAGCUCUAUUGUGUUAAUGUGACUGUUGUGACCAAUAAAAAAUAUAUACAAGUA